AUGACACUUGCAAGCCGCAUGCUGUGGCUGACUCUGCUGCCUCUGGCAGCAGCAGAAAACGGCCAGGGGGCUUGGGCAUCCCGGUGGGCUCGGAUCUACCGGGGCGUUGCCGCGACCCCGUGGAAGGACCACCACAUGCGCUACAAGUACCGCCCCAGCGAUGGCACCGCAAAGAAGAUCCAGGAGCACGUGGCAAAGCGCCGGCUCAUGGACGUCACUGACCCGGACACGGACCAGGCAUACGGCUCCGAUGCCAGUGGCACCUACACCCCCAGGACCGAUGGCAAGGCGAAGAUGAACGGCGAAUUGUUUGACUACGGAAUCUUCGAUUGCCCUUGGAUGCAUUCCUUGGAUCCGGACUAUCCCGCCAUGUGCUUGCCCUAUCAGGAGAUCCUGUCCCCCAUUCCCGCGGCCGACCUGCCCACAGAGACGGUAUUCAACGUUCCCGGCGGCCUGGUGGGUGACUUCGCCGCCCGCGACUCUACCUUCAUCAUGCCCGACGGCCAGGCAAUGGAAUGCAGCGACGAGAUCGAGCGGCUGACGGGUGCGCGCUGCGCCGCAGGGAACCCGGUGCUUGGGCACGGGGCGAUCUGCGAGGGCGUCAUCGAGGACUGCACUUUCUCCAAGGCGGGGACUCGCAAGUGCGACAGUGACAAGUGCAAGGAGUGGCAAGGAAAGACGCGAUGUACCGGAGCCGAUUGCACUGCCGGCUACGAGGGCGGCCGCGUUCCUUACCCGGAGGUUUAUCCGGGCAACAACGGUGGAGCCUUUGCUCCACAGGCAGAUGCGGAUGAGGCGCAGAAGUGUUCCAAGGCAGACUCGGCGCUGCAGUGGCUGAAAUGCGGGAUCCCGUGCCCGGCUGCGUUCCCGAUGUCCGUGGAAGACUUCACGGGCCGUGCCGCGGUGGUCCUGGGCUUCAUCGUGAUCUCCAUGGGUGCCGGUCUCGCGACCUACUUCAAGGUGGGAGGGAGCAGCGAGGCCUUCUUUGUGGCCGGCCGGGAUUUGCCCGUCUGGAUCUUGGUGUGCACGCUUGGAUCCCAGUGCUUGGAUGCCAGCUCUGCGCUUGGUAACCUGGACCUCGCUUACAAGUACCACUUCUGGGACGGCGCGGCCCUGCCAAUCGGCUUGGCUUCCUCGUUGCUCAUCGUCGGGGUCUUCCUUGCCAAGCCCCUCCACGCCAUGAAGCUCCUCACGCUCCCGGAUGCGUUUGCACGUGUCUACGGCGAGGCAGCCGAGAUUAUGUGCUCCCUGGUGACGAUGAUCUCCUUCAUCUUCCUGCUUGCGGGGAACCUCGUGGGCUGCGGGAAGGUCACGUCCUACCUCUUUGGCAUGGAUGAGUAUGUAGGCAUCGUGCUCGCGACCUUCCUGAUUUGGAUGUACUCCUGCGCUGGCGGCCUGCUAUCGGUGGCCUACACCGAUGUGAUCCAGGCGCUCAUUGGCUGGACGGGCUUCGUCGUCGCCACGGCAUGGAUCCAGGGCAACAUGCCCAGCAGCGCAGGGGUCUCCAAUGCCUACCCAGUGGGUGACAUGCCGGUGAUCGGUGCGGGUCUGACAGACCCGGACAGCUACGAUCCCAUCCCGAAUGCCAUCUUCUUCAACUGGGCCACAGUCAUUGUGUUGGCCUUCGGAAACUGCAUGGCUCUGGACUUCAAUGCCCGCUGCUUCGCAGCGAAGAGUGGCAGGACGGCUCAGAUCUCAUGCAUCAUCGCCGGCAUCAUCGCAGGCAUCGUCGGUGUCUUCAACACUUGGAACGCCGGCACCAUGCGAGCCCUCUACGGCCCCUCCUCCCCGCACGCCGAGUUUGUGGCUAAUUCCUGCUCUGCAGACAUCACGGUGAUCGGCUGCUUCGGUGGAGCCGCCGCGGACCCGAGCCUCAACAAGACAUGCAACGCUGUGCCUCUUCCCGGUGUGCCAACCUGCGGCGAGUGGAAGCCGGACCCUUAUGCUGUCCUGAAGCUGCUGACCUGCGACAAGCCCGAGUGCCACGCCUUCACCGACUGGGAGGGGAGCUCUGGCUUUGCACCCGGGCACGAGGCCAACUUCCCUAUGAACGGUGCACUCGGAUGCUGGUACCUGCUUGGCAUUGUGGCGGCCUCCAUGUCCACCGCCGAUGGAGCCAUUGUGGCCCUGGGCACCGUCUUCUCUCACAACUUGCUGCGCAAGACGAAGAGGGUUUCGGACGCGAACCUCCUUAAAAUCACGCGCUCCUCCACUUUGCUCUUCUCGAUCAUCGCGGGCCUCAUUGCCAGCACCCGGCCGAACGAAACGGGCUACUUCCUGAUCGUCGCCUUUGACUGCGUCUUCGCCGCCGGCGUCGUGCCCUUGUUCGCCUUGGUCUACUGGAAGAACAUCAAGCCGGUGGCCGGAUUCCUAUCCUUGGUGGCCGGAGCUGUUUGCCGCAUCAUCCUGGAGAUCGCCUUGCCCAAGGAUGGCCUGCUGCUUUGGCUCGGGACCUUCGCGCGGAGCUUCGGCCCCGGAAUCGAGGACCCGGAGAUGUUCGACGAAGCCAUCAUGUUCGGGAGGCUGCCGGAGGUCUGCCCGCAGGAGAAGCUUUUGGACCUGACUGGCCUGGACUCCUUGGUGUCCCCCGCAGUGGCCUUUGUGGUCUUGGUCCUAGUCCAGCUCCUUCCUAUCAAGAACAUCGGUGGGAAGUGGUUCACGCCCGUUCCAGCACCGGAUGAGGAGAAGGCAUCGCCCUAG